GUGGCAGGCAUACUAGCUUUACCUUCAGUGCGGGAGUAUCUGGCAAGAUAUAUCGGCGCAACCGCUACGAAGAACAUGUGGAAGAUCGCCGCCUUAGCUUUUGCUCUGGCAAAUAUCAAGAACCUACCGGGAGUGUGGCAUGUUCGUGUACUUCGUGGCAUAUUCUACCAACUCUACCUCCAACCUACACCGCAGCAACCGAAGCAUCUGUUCGCUCCUCUCAUUACAUCUUCCCGCAACACCCUCCUAGACUGUGAUUACAACUUCCAUAAGAGCAACAGCACGUAUUUCGCCGACCUUGAUGUCGCCCGCGCACACUAUGUUGGCGCUAUCCUUCGCACAAGUUUGGCCCGGCUAAACCGAGGCGAUGAGGAUGGGAUACCCGCGGAAGCGAAGAGUGCAAAGGGAAAGUACGUCGUAGCUCUGGGAGCCGUAAGCUGUUUCUUUCAGAAGCAGAUUGAACCCUUGCAGCAAUUCGAGAUUUACACGAGAGUGCUGAGUUGGGAUCGGAAGUGGCUGUAUCUCGUAAGCCAUAUCGUAAAGAAGGGAGCCAUCAAGCCGGACAGCUAUGUGCUGCAGCCGUGGAGAAAGACCAAGCGAAAAGCUGGCGAGGCGAAGAAAGAAAGCGAGGAUCUGACAAAGCAUAUCUUCGCCACCAGCGUGGCACGGUAUGUCUUCAAAAAGGGUCGUCUAACGAUCAACCCCGAAAUCGUACUUGAGCGUUCACGGCUCCUUCCUCCACGACCGGCUGGUAUCGGCCUUCCUCCGCGCGCGGAAGCCUCCAAGCUUGGGGAGUUCGCGGAUGAAACAAGGGCAUCUGUCAAUACCGACGAUGAUGGCUGGACGUGGGAGGAUAUGGAGAAGGAGCGCUUGCGUGGGCUAAGCUUUGCCACGCACUUUGACAAGCUGAGUGCUGUGCACAACGAGCUCCGCGCGGACGAAGUGCUUGGUGCGUAUGGCGACUACUGGUAG